CCCGGGUUCCCUUUAUGAUCGCGGGAUCUCCCACAUCCCACGGCAGACACACAAACACACACGCAGCGCGCGCACAGAGCGCUCCUGAUCCCGCUCCUCUGCGCACAGCCGCUUAUAGAACCACACCGAGCAGCAGCAGAACCUCACUCACUCACUCACUCACUCUCAGUCUCUCUCACUCUCAGUCUCUCUCUCUCUCAGUCUCUCACUCUCUCUCUCUUUCUCUCUCACUCUAACCGGAGGAUAAAGUGCGCGUGUCCGCGCCGGGAUCACCGUCAGUAGCAGCAGCCGCUCGCGCCAUCAUGUCUGAGGUCCUGCCGUACAGCGAGGGGAAGAUGAGCGGUUACGGAGGGGACAACGACGUGAGCCAGAUGUCCUUCAGCUGCGGGCUGCAGGACACCAGCGCGUUCUUCGGCGCGGGGCAAGCAAAGAGACCCCCCAAACUCGGACAGAUAGGCAGAGCCAAGAGAGUGGUCAUUGAGGACGACCGGAUAGACGAGGUGCUGAAGGGGAUGACGGACAAGUCGUCGCCGGGCGUGUAAAGCGCGAACGAUGCCUUUUUUGCAGACAUUGAAACAAAUCUUUUUUACCACCGAUUCGAAGCACUUUGUCGGCUGUGCAUGAAGGAGGACGGUGAGGAGCUGGAAGAGGCUACGAUGCACGGACAAAGGCGGCAAGAGGGGAGGAAAGUAAGGGGGAGGUGGUGGUGGAGGAGGAGGAUGAGGAGGGGGAGACUUGGAGAGGACGACGCUGAUUUGAGGAGGCUUUGCUGGCAACGAGAAGCCGAUUGAAAGCAUCGCUGCGCUGUUUGAAAGCUGUUGAAGCGGCCGGGUUGUGUAAACGGCUCCGUCCUGCAGCCUCUGCCCUUUGUUUUAAAGAUGGAUGGACCUGCCAUUACUUCACAAACCAUCUUCCAACAAAAAAAGCAUCGACUUUAAACCGGAGGACGAAGCACAUUACGAGCUUUAUUAUAAUGUAGUUGUACAGAAUCUCAAUGAAAACAAAAAGACCUUGUCUUUAUCCUGUAGCUACUACACGCUUCUAAACGAGCUGAUGGAGCUCCAACUCAAAACGUAGAAUCCAUUCCAGCUGCUGCUAGAGCUCUUUUCUAUAAACCACUCAGACCAAGGCUUCUGAAAACCCUGCGAGUUCGUACGACUCAGUGUUCGCAGGUCAACGCGAGGAUGGUGCAAUGUUAAUAGAUAUAUACUCGUUCUUUUUUGUCAUUUUAGCCUGGUUUGACCCUUCACGGAGAGGUCUAGAAACAUGUACAGCCUUCGCAGUUCAUUCGUGUUGACAGUAGUGUGUAGGUUUGCCUAGUGUUACCGCGCACUUUUGCGCAUCAACGAUCCGCAGACCCUGCGCAGUCAACUCACAUAAUCAAUAUUUACUACAAGGCUCAAUUUAAAGAGUAACUUGGCCUGAUGUAAUUAAUCCACUGCAGAUGCAAACACGUCGAAGCCAUUUGGUUUUAUCUUUUGGAAAGACAAAAAAUAUGGUUUUGUCCUACUGUUUUGAGUUCUGUUUCUCCAUCUCGUUGCAUGAACUUUUACUCCGGUGCCAACACAGGUGCCUCCAUGACCCUUAUACCCUGGCACGGUUCUUUUAAAAAAAAACAAAGUCAUAUUUGUAUUUUUGUAUCUAAAUAUUUGUUAUUUCAAAUAUAUGCUAGUAUAUCGUCUUACGAUUCAUCAACUACGGUGUUUGUAUCGUGGGAAGGUUUUUCAGAAUGGGACGAGAGGACUCGUCCAAUAUCAGGCGUGGGGAUAUGUUUUUUCUUUCUUUCUUUCUUUCUUUCUUUCUUUCUUUCUUCUUUCUUCUAUUUUCUUUAAAGGGACUUACUGAAUGUGCUUCAGAUUUUUUUGCACACAUCAAUGUUAUACUACUAUUUACUGAGAAAUCGUAUACUGUGACUUGAGCUUCGUUGAUGACUUUGUUAGAAAAAAAUGGCGAUUUUAGACUCUACUGCACUGUUUACGAUUAUCCUCAAAUAACAUGUUGUUAUUUGAUGAGUUCUGAACAUUAUUGCUAUGUUUUUCUUUUCUUUUUUUGUUAUUUUGUACCAUUCUUUUAAAGAAAUUGAUUACGGUUUGUUGUGCAUGAAACCUUAAUAUUUUUCAACAAUCGAGCAUCGUUUUAUGAAGCAAAAAAUGUAAUGACAUUCUGAGAAUGAUUCAUUGUAUAUUAUGAUGCCAUUUUCACUGUACUUGGUGAAUUAAUAAAUGGUGGGAAAAUAC